GAGCUAACGAGUCACUUUCGCAGGAGGAAGAAGCACAGGCGGCGAUUUCACGACUACCACCACCAUCAUGACGAGCCGCUGGACACCGUCAAGCUGGCGCACGAAGACUGUUGCCCAGCCUGUGCAGUACCCUUCUCAAGAGGCUCUGUCGGACGUGACAAAGCAGCUUGUGUCGCUGCCCGGUCUCGUGACGCCGUACGAGAUUCAGUCCCUGCGCAGGCAGCUGCGAGAUGUGGCCCAAGGAAAGGCCUUUCUCCUCCAGGCCGGCGACUGUGCCGAGCUCUUCGCCGACUGCACCCCGGCCAAGAUUGAGGAGAAGGUCAAGCUCCAGCUGCUGAUGAGCCUCAUCAUCAUUUGGGGAUCUCGCCUACCUGUCGUUAGAGUCGGUCGCAUUGCAGGGCAAUACGCGAAACCAAGGAGCAAGCCAACCGAGACGGUUGUGUCGGAACGCGACGGUUCGACGAAGCAGGUGCCCAGCUUUCGAGGUGACAACGUCAAUGGGUUUUCACAGGACGACCGCAUCCCAGACCCGCGACGGCUGCUGAGCGCCUACUUCUACAGCGCAGCCACUCUCAACCACAUUCGCGCCUCUCUGGCCUCUGGUCUUGCCGACUUACACGCUCCUCUGAGCUGGACAACCGCCCACGUACGCUCGCCUACACUGGCAGCGCGCUUCGAGGCAAUCGUCUCGAAUCUGACCGACGCCCUCGACUUCAUGCGUGUCGUGGGAGCCGAGCAGAGCCAGAGCGUCCUUCGCAAUCUUGAGACGGUCGACUAUUUCUCCAGCCACGAGGGCCUGAUGCUCGAAUUUGAAGAGGCUCUCACCCGAUCAAGCAGCAUCAGUAGCAGCAGCAUCAGUAGCAGCAAGAGCAGCAGUAAUACUGACAAUAACAAGAACAACAAUAAAGCCUCCAACCAUCAUCCGGUCCAUACGGGAACGGCAUCGACAGAAUACUACGCGCUUUCUGCGCACACGCUCUGGAUGGGCGAUCGUACUAGGGAUCCAAAUGGUGCCCACGCCGAAUUUUUUUCGGGCAUCGCAAAUCCAAUCGGAAUCAAGGUAGGGCCCUCCAUGACGUCUCAGGAACUGCUCGACCUCUUGGCAAAGGUCGACGGCAGCCGCGGCCUCGACGUGGGCCGCAUCACCCUGAUCUGUCGUUUCGGCCGGGGAAAGGCACCCAGCCUCCUGGGACACCUCAUCGCGGCCGUCCAGGCUUCGCCCUGGGCCACGUCGGUCAUCUGGUGCUGCGACCCGAUGCAUGGCAACACAACAUCGUCGCCCUCGGACCCGAGAAUCAAGACGAGAUCCUUUUCCGACAUUAUUACCGAGCUCAAAGAACAGCUCGAGGUUCACUCUUCCUGUGGUAGCCGCCUUGCCGGCGUUCACCUUGAGCUUACCGGCGAGGUUGAUGAGAAGGGAGACAGUGUGACUGAGUGUACAGGCGGGGCCAUGAGUCUCGAAGACGGAGACCUCAAGGCAAGAUAUCGGACACACUGCGAUCCUCGUUUGAACCUGGAGCAAUCGCUCGACGUCUCCUUCCUUCUCUCUCACGCACUUAAGGCGCAGAGAAUGGGAAGGUCGCCAUUGGCCCCCUCGCCGGGUGACGAUGGCCGUCUCGGCGCUGCGGGCUUCGGCGGUCUUUUGGAUGCCUCGGGCUCGAAAGACUCUCACGAAGUCAUCUUCCAAGAGCUCCUCCGCGGCCCCAUCAUCUCGGGGAAUAAGGUACAAUCUUGACUAGCUACACUAAUAUAAUGUGCCCUCUGUGCUUUAAUGUACAGUACAAUACAGUACAUGCGUCGCUUGUCUCGCGCCUGCACCGAAAGUGAGAAAGGACGAGCAGGAGGUCGGAGAUGGUUUGAGCGAGUCACAAGGCGAAAUUCUGUAAAGAGUAACAUGAAAAUC